CUCAUCCACAUGAAAAUGAUACGAUUCGAGAUCGAGGCGACUCAUGAAGCCAACAGUGUCAAUCAGCCGGCAAAUCUAACAGUAUUAUCGGCCGGACCGGCAACGAGCACGCCCCUGCCCACCGCCCGACAGCCGAAGCCCUCCAGUCAAGCUCUGUACGCCGCCGGACCAAGUUCAGCGGCCGGCCAGGUAGCCACUGGAUCAGCAGCAGCAGCAGGAGCAGGAUCAGGACAUGGCCAAGGAGGAGGAAGAGGAGACAACAAUGAUCUAAUGAUUCGACUGCGGGAGUCCAUCAAGCAGAAGGAGGAGUUCCUCAAGUCACCAGUGCCGCCGUCGAUGUCCUCCUCGGCAGGCUCACCCUCGACAAACGGCAAUCAGUUGCAAUCCUCGCCAGCUCAGCAGCAACACCAUCCUGCCACCCAGCAGCAUCAGCAACAGCAGCAGCAGCAUUUUUUUCCACCAGGCGGUCCUGUACAGGUGGUGCAGCCACCGCCUCGAAGGAGCCACCAAUUGUUGCACAAACAGCAACAGCAGCAGCAGCAGCAGCAGCAGCAGCACCUAAGCUACGACAUGUACUAUUCCGGAGGUAAAGUGCAGCAGGUGCAGAGAUCCUCGACAGCGCCAGGAAGCGUUAGCCACCAGCACUACCAGCAGCAGCACCACCAGUUGCAGCAGCAACACCACCAGAUGCAACAGCAGCAGCAGCAGCAGCACCACCGCCAGGUGAUGCUCAACAACAAUGCCAAGUACGCCAAGGAUCUGGACUACUUUGAGACGCUCCAGGAAACCGGAGUGACCAACAAAGUUUUCGAGCGGAAACUGGUAUCGCACAUGUCCAAGGGAUUCGAUCCCUUCAAGCCGCUCUCCAUCAACACCAGCGCCAUGGAGUCCUCCGGAGGGGGAGGCAUCGCCACCACCACCAUCGCCUCCUCCUCAUCGACCAGCACGACGGUGAAGAAGCAGAGCGUCCUGUACGACUCCCUGCAGCAGCAUCCACUGGCCAAGCUGACGCACCACCAGCAUCAGCAGCACCACCAGAUCACGACGGUGGAUGGACAGACCGGGAGUCGGAUGGAGCUGCACAAGGCGACGCUGGCGAACGCCACCAUAGAUCCGAUUCCGCCGGCGGCAGGGAACAAAUACGCCUCGUUGCCGGAGACCUCAGUGAGUGGCAGUUCGGUGGCCACUUUGGCGGACAUCGCCGAGAGUAGUGUUACCUACUCAGCGGCUGGCAGUGUGGAGACACCCACCGGCAGUGUGGUUAGGCGCUACAAGCCCAUCUCCUCCAGUUCCUUUGACGAGGGCAAGCCCAUGCGCCGGAUCUCGUAUCUCCGGGCCACCAACAACGAGGCCGACUUUAAUGCAGAAGCUGCAGCCGCCGCAGCAGCCGCCAGUGGGGGAGCUGGAGCAGGAGUAUCCUCAGAGGCCACCGGGCCAGCUGUCCCCACUAUCAGUGCCCCCGUUUCCAUGCCCAUUCCGGUGGCCGCCGUGGUGGAGCCGCAGAAGACGAAAUCCCUGGUGGAGGAGCAUCCGGAUCCCACGUACGAUGUCAUUGGUGGGACAGGCGGUGGCCAUGAGUUCAUAGAGACGCCCAAUGGCCUGGAGGAUGUGCGUCUGUCGGCCCACGGCAGCCGUCGGGCCUCCAUGAGCAGCGACAUGAGAAGCAGCAUCCACAUCGAUGCGGAGCUGAAUGGCAAGUAUGUGCCCAACGAACUGGAGGCCUUCGAGACGGAGAUCGAGAUCAAGUCCUCCUGCAUUAACGGAAAGCGCAUGUCCGAGUACCGAUCGUGGCGUCAGGUGAAGCUGGAGAUCAAGGGAGAUCUGCUGCGCAUCUACUCAGGCCGUCACGGAAAAUCGGAGCAUAAUGUGAUAGAACUGGAUAUUAGAAACUUUAAGUUCUUCGACGAGUCGCUGGACAAGAAGAAGUACUUGAUUCGGAUGCAGUCGAAGCCCUCGCCCACCGGCGCCCACCUGGCCACCCUGGGCAACGAGCUAAACCUGGAGGACGGGGGGCACGGGGACAAGCUGCUCACCUCCUCCGGCAGUAGCUCGGCCAACGAGCCGAGCGGAUCGGCCCUCUCCGCCUCCACGUCCUCGUCCACGACCAGCAGCAGCGGUCCCUACACGGAGAUCCUCUUCAAGACCAAGAGCAGCAACGAGAUGAAGCGCCUCUUCGGACUCUUGCAGUGGAAGGACAGCCUGAACUACGAUGAUGUAAGUUGGUCCCUAAGGAGUCAGAAGCCACCACUAACCCACUCUCCCUCCCACUCGGAACAGGACCAUCAGGGCAAACAGUUGGCGGAACCCCAGAAGACGGCGGCCAGUGCCAGUUACCUGGACGAUCUGCCGGCCGGAGGAGUGGCUGCCGGGGCGGAUAGCUCCCCGCUGAGCUCCCAUUCCGGCGGCCUGGCCGAGGCGGCUGGCGGCCACCAUCAUGUCUCGGCCCUGCCGGCCGCAGCCGCCAUCGUGGCCGCCACCAGUGACUCCAUUUCCCCGGUGAUGAAGGCCCGCAAGUCCUCCUCCCACAAGCACAUACCCGACAAGGAUCUGGGCUCGCCCAAGUCCAAGAACUGGAAGGAUCUGCUCUUCCGACGCGGCGGCGGCGGCAGUGGCGGUGGCUCUGUUUCCCACCACGACCUGGCCUCGCCCUCCUCCUGCCCGGCCAAGCAGUUCGGCUCCAUCGGCGUGCCCCUGCGCAGCUGCCCCAUGUCCAAGCAGUUCCCCUGCGUCCCCCACCUGGUGGAGGUCUGCACGAAUAUCGUGGAGACCAAGGGCCUCAGUGUAGUGGGGAUCUAUCGGAUUCCCGGGAACAAGGCCGCCAUAUCGGAACUCUCCGAGCUGGUCAACACCAAGGACUUCCAGUUCGAGAGCUGUGCCACGGACGUGCGGUGGGAGGACGUGAAUGUGGUGAGCAGCCUGCUGAAGCUGUUCAUCCGCAGCCUGCCGGACGCCCUCAUGCCGGCCAGCUACUACAUCAACUUCAUCGAGGCGGACAAGAAGACGGGUCUGGAGCGGAUCGUGCUGCUGAAGGAGAUCGUGGAGUCGCUGCCCCGCCACCCGUACGACACCAUGAAGCACCUGAUCCGGCAUCUGUGCCGGGUGAGCGACAACUGCGAGGUGAACCGCAUGGAGCCCAAGAACCUGGCCAUCAUCUUUGGACCGUCGAUCAUCCGGACGCCGAACGAUACCCUGGAGACGGCUGUGAAGGAUAUGAAGCACCAGUGCAGGAUCGUAGAGCUGCUGGUGACACAGUACGAUUACUUCUUCGAGAAUGGGAGCCUGCCGGAUCUGGCGGACGUGAGCGGGGGCAGUGGCGCCGUGAGUGCCGCCCAGCCGCAGCAGCAGACCCAGGAGGAUCAGACCAGCAUGCUGCUCCACAAUCUGUCCAAGAUCGAGCGGAUCACCGAGCGGGAGACGACGAGAACCUCGCGGUUCAUCCCACAACUGAGACGAAAGACGCACGGGAAGCGCGGUGGCGUCAACUCGGACACGUACUCCGGCGAGAGUGUUGUGGUAAGCGGUAGCUCCUCCUCCAGUACCAUCUCCACCACCAUCCACAACCAAAAGAACCACACUAGCAACAGUAGUAGCACCACCAAUACCAUCACCACCACCACCACAACCACAAAAACCAUACAGCAACGUCGGGCACAGCGCAAGGCUGUGCAGAGCAUUUGCGAUCAGGCUCUAAUCCUGCUCCUGCCCUCGCCCUCCUCCUCCUCGGCCCCCACCCCUACCUUUUCCUACGCUCCCUGCCCUACCCCUCGUCCUCGGCCGUCCCCUCUUUCCGUUUCUCUUCCCUUUCAGUCGCUGGACUAUGCCAAGGCGAGCAGCACCACCAGCACGACAAGCACCUCCAGCAGUUCCACUCUCCACAGCGGCAAGGCCACGUCCUCCGGCUCCGGCUCCACGACCUCGUCCAGUUCCACGGCCAAGUUUAGCUCCUCCUCGUCCUCCGCCUCGUCGGCCACCGCAGUGGCCAUAUCCUCGUCCUCGACCUCCACCUCAUCGAAGCUGUUGAGCGCCACCACCAAGAAGCGGACAACUGGAGGCGGUUUCCUCGGCUCGCGGUCCACGAGGAAGGCCAGUUUGGACGAGAAGGACUCGGGCAGCGUCGACUCGGCCGGGAGUUUGGGCCUCAGCCUGGGUCUGAAUCUGAACCUGGCCAAGGAGCAGCAGCGCAGCAGCGUGGACAUCUCGAUCCUGCUGACGGACGACGACUCCAGCAGCCGGCUCAGUGAUACGGGUUCCAUGUCGCUGACCACCAUCACGGACACCCUGGACAGCAAGCUGAGGAAUCUGCGCAGCGGAUCCGAGUCGAAUGAUGAGAACGGGUCGCCGGAGUUCCCCAAGAACAGACGACAUACGCUGGGCCAGCCCCUGCACCUGCACUCCGAGAACAUUCCGUAUGCGGACGAGUCGCCGGAGCGGCUGUUCCACCAGUUCUGCAAUCCCCUGGACAGUGCCCCGCUCUCCCUCCACCUGAGCCGCUCCUGCACGGCCACCAACACCAUCGGAUCGGGAUCUGGAGCUGGCGAUGAGAAGUUAGUGAAGCAAGUGGUGGCUCCCCUGCCGCCCAGCCUGCUGAAGGCGGCCCACAAGCUCCAGCACUCGGCCACCGUGCCGAUCCAUCAGGGCAGCUCCACGGCACCGGCCAGUGGCGCGGCCACGCCCACCGGUAGCAGUUCGGGAAACGGAGCAGUCGGUGGUGGUGGCGGCAGUGGCGGUGGGAGCACCAAGACCAUACAUCCCCGGUUCAGUAGCUACAUGAACUACAAUGCCACCAUUGCGGGAGGAGCGAUGCCGGGAGAGCGGGCCACUGGCGGAGGGGGAUCGGCCGCCUCCGAGGACGACUCCGAGGGCUCCACCACCAGCGAUCCAAAGGAGAAGCUGCUCCUGGGGGAGCGCCCAUCGCCGUCGUUUUUUCUCGAGCGCUACAACAAGAAGAGACGAGACCACCGGCUCUUCCGCUCGGCCAGCUUCAACUGCCGCAACUACUCCACGCGGCACCUAACCGGCAGCCAGCAGCCGGCGGCCGGCUCGGGCGGAUCGGUCACCGUGGGCGUGGCCUGCUGCCAGGCGGUGAGCAGUAGUGCCGCCGCCGCCACAGGCACUGGGCUGACCAAGGACGAGAAGACUGACAUGAAUCUGACCAAGAAGCGGCAGAUCCAGAACAAGCAGAAUCGUUCCAUCAAGCGCCGGCACACGGUCGGAGGACCGCACGACUACACUAAUGGCUGCUCCAACCACAUCCGUGGCGGGCACGAUCUGGCGGCCAUUAACUACAACCACCACAACCGCCACCACCAGCAGCAGCUGCUCAAGCUGGGCAGCUCCCAGGAGCAGGGCGCUGCGGCGGCGGAGACGACAACCACAACGACUACGACCACAACGGUGCUGCGGCGGUUGGGUGGAGGUGGCGGUAGCGGAGGAGUAGCUACCCCAGGAGACGCCAAUGUGGCCCUGCCAGUCACUGGAUCCACCAGCAGCAGCAACACUAGCACCAACAACAACAACUCCCCACAGAGCGAAGGAAGCAACGGCAACGGGGGAGGAGUUGGUGUUGGAGUUGGAGUGGUGGGAGGAGGCAAUGGCGGAGGUGGCGGCGGCGGAGGAGCCAAUGCCACUUCGGGUGGCAACCAGAGCAGCAGCGGCAGCGGCAGCAGCAGCACCACCACCAGCAUCAGCAUCAGCAACAGCGGCAGCAGUAGCAACAGCAGCAGCACCAGCACCACCCCAGCUGGCGGGGAUCAGGUCCUGGAGGUGGGUCUUCGCCUCAAGAACCUAAAUCGCGGACGUUUCUAAACAACUUGGACUCUUUUUGAAAUCACGGCUCAGACAACAAGGACAUCCUAGUCAAGGACAAGGACAAGGAUUGGAAAUCCCAUCAGACUAACCAUCAACCAAGAAGAAGAUUUUGAGAUGAUGCCCUCGAAGGAGGAACCAACAGGACACACCUACACUCGAAGAAAAAGUCAGAAACAGAAACAGAAACAAAAACAGAAAAGUAAAAAUGAAACUACACUCAGAGAAAGAAACACAUGUCAAGUAGCUAAAACAGUUCAAAUUAACGAAUAUCCCCAAAAACAAAGGCUUAAAGUUAAACAAGAGUUUACCAUCAGGGUAUACUAAAAAUAUAUAUUUAAAAACAUGAAUAAUCUGAUAAAAAACAAACAGUUUGAAAGAAAGAAAGUAUUAAGGAUACAAAGGUUUACAAAGAGGUUAUGACAAGUUUGGACAUGUUUAGAUAGGUUUAGAUAGGUCUUAGACAAGUUUAGACCAGUUUAGACAAGUUUAGAUAUGGUUUAGACAAGUUAAGACAUGUUUUAGACCAGUUAAGACAUGUUCGGACAGGACUUAGACCAGUUUGUACCAAUUAAGACUAGUUUAGACCUGUUUAUGCUGGGUUUAGACAUGUUUAGACCAGUUGAGAUAGGAUUUAGACAAGUUUAGACAGGACUAAACAUGUUUAGACCAGUUUAGACAUGUUUGGACAGGAUUUAGACCAGUUUAUACAAGUUAAGACAGGUUUAGACCUGUUUAUGCUGGGCUUAGACAUGUUUAGACCAGUUGAGACAGGGUUUAGACAUGUUUAGACAGGACUAAACAUGUUUAGACAAGUUUUAGACCAGUUUAGGCAUGUUUGGACAGAAACAAACUGAUUUAAAGGCAUUUAGAAAACAGUUUUUUUUGAAAAAUGUCCUUAUAUUCCGAAAUUGGUUCUUCGAUUCGCUGUCAGGACAGUCAGUCAUGCUGAUCCUUGAGGGAAAACUGAAGAAGACUCUGGUUGAUUUUUCCAAAAACCCUCUAGAGUUUUCUUUUUUCAAAACAAAAGGGUUUUUCCAACCAAAACAAACUUAAACAAAAAGGAAUCACUAGAAUUAUUGUAUUUAAAUAUCAAUGUGCAGUUGCUAAAUUUGUGUCCAAAAACUUAACGAAAAAUAACAAAAAAAAUGUUUGAAAAUGAAAAACAUGAUCAAUCAAGUGUAACCAAAGCAGAGAAGUUAAAUUUUUAGUAUUACCAACAUUAUUGUAUCAAGAUAUAUACCUAUAUAUACAUAUAUUCAUGUGCAAAUUCCGACAAGGGGGUUGUGUUUGAAAUGAAAUUCCUCAUUGGUUUCUUAAACAAAAAAAAAAACAGAUAUUUUUUAAAC